CUUUGGAAACACACAGUGAGCGGAGCGUCCGCAGUCGCAGUAGCACUCGAAGUCCGCUUAUCCGCAGCGUUUUCGAAUCUUUCGAACCAUCAUCCAUAUCCGGACCAUCGUGAUCGUGGCCGGAAUCGCGCACUCCCGCCGUACUCGAUGUUCCGGUUUUGUGUGAAAUUGUGUUCCAACGAGAUCCAAACUAUAAUCUCAUCGGAAGGAAAAUCUGAAACAAGAAAGUUCGUUUUCAAAUCAAAGCAUUGCCGGCCCACCGAGUCGUUACAAUUUUGAAAAGGCCGCAUAAAUCGAAAAGUUUACGAGCAAUUCGAGAAAGCAGAAAAUAUAUUUGAUAUAUAUUGUAGUGCUGUGUUUUUUGGAAAUACCUAUAUAAAUGAAUGAAAAUUGAAUUGUUGUUGCAACAAGUUUUAAAAAGUGUGCAAAGUGCAACUGCUCUCUCAAAAACCACGCGUCCAAAAAAAGAAUCGUAAAACUGAAAAAGGCAAAUAAACAUAAAAUAAGCUUGUCACCUCCAACUAUGUUGGCCACUCCAACUUAGGCCCACGAAUCGAGCCGAGAGAUUGCGCCAUUCAAAUAUCCCCGGCUGUAUCAAGGGAAGAUCUGACAUGACAAGACAGUCAUUCGCGUUGAUAAGAUGCAUUAUCAGCGGGGAAGACGAAGAUGAAGAUCCGCAACAGCAAUUGAAGAGUGUUGAACAAGUCUACGAUAUGAUAACCUAAUUUCCUGCCGGGCAAGAGGCGAAAAGUGAUUUUUGUAAAAGUUUAAACGGGCAAGAGAGAGACUCUUCUUCUGUGCGUUAAGCAGCAAAGUCAGUGAAACCGAGUAGCGAACGAAACGAACGAAAGUAAAAAAGAUUUCUCAAACGGGGCGUUCAUAUGUUUCAACGACAUCCCAGGGCGUGGCGCACGCCCAAUAAACUGGCAAACAAACAAUAAACAACUGAGACAGCGACUUACUCGCAAUCCCAGGCACUCGCAGUUGGGGCGAAGUACUGCGGCUCACGGCUCGAAAUCUGUGGUGAUCUUUGAUGCGAAGAAACCUGCGCCUGGACUGGAGGGCCCUGGCCCUGCUGGGCGCCCUCCUCUCGCUCAUCAUCGCCUGGCCGGGCCUGGUCUUUGCGAUGCCCGCGAUGGAGACCCUACCAGCUGCGUCAGCAUCCGUAUCCCUUUUCCCAUCCAGCAGCAUGAACAAUAGCAGUCGACCUAGUAAUAGUUAUAUACAAAGUGAUCAUAGUCGUAGUAGUUUAGUGGCGAGCGUAGUCGUGAGUGAACGUAAUGUAAAUCAAUCCACAAAUCAAAGUAUUAACGCUGAAUUUAAUCAGAGCUUAAGCACACAAUUAACUGCCAUAGCAACCACAGCAAGCCCACCUCCCCACUCAUCAUCCCCCAGCUGGGAGGGCGAGAGCUCCUCCGAACAGCCGGAGGAGGAGCCCCUGGGCUUUGUCAUCUCGGCGGUGCCGAGUCAGCAUCUGGCGGUCCUGUCGCGUACCGAGCGCAGCAUUCGCCAUCAACAGCAGCAAAAGAAGCACCCGCACCAGCACCAGCACCACCAGCAGCAGCAGCAGCCACAUCCUCAUUACCAGCAAGAGUCGCCGACUGGCAAUAAUUUCAUUGGUUCGAAAUCGAAAAGACUGAGCAACCCUAGAAGUAAUCUAAGCAUAAAUAGCAGUAGCAGUAACACUCCCAUCAGCAAUCUGGACCGCAACGAGCGCUCCACCGUGCCCCAGUCGCAUUUGGACUGGUCAUCCCGCAAGAUCCGGCUGUACAUCAAGAAUCACAUGCUGCAGGUGAUGCGGGAUGGAACCGUCAUUGGGAUUCAGGACGAGAACAGUGAAUUUACGAUUCUCCAGCGCUCCACCGUGGAUGUGGGACGCAUCAAGCUGCAGAGUGUGGCCACCUGCCUGUAUCUGUGCAUGGACGCGUGCGGCGCUGCCUAUGGCUCGAAAGACUUCACCGACGACUGCGUCUUCAACGAGAACAUGGGUCUGCAGAACUACAACACGUACUCCUCCACCUACAACUCGAACGCGCGGCGCGUCUUCUACCUGGCCCUCAAUGGCAAGGGAGAGCUGCGUCGCACCCAGAUCUCGGCCAGCCGGUCGCUGCGCAAGCUUAGCACCUACACCAACGCCAUCACGGAGACGGUGCCGCAGGAUCGGGUGGAGCAGCUGAUCGCCAAGAACUUCGGGGCCAAUCGCGUCAAGCACGGCGUACGCCAACUCUGUGAUACGGGCAAGCCGCUGAUCCCGCUGAUCGACGUGGCCCACUUCAAGGCGCCUCCGCAGUGCAGCGGGAGUGGGAGUGGAAGCGGAAGUAGUGGAAGUAGUAGUAGCAGUGGUAGCAGCAGCAGCAGCAGCAGCAGUGCCAGCAGCCUGAUUAGUAUUAGUAACAGUAGUCAAAGCGAGAGCGGCCAUAUUAGCAGUAGCCUUAGCAGUAGCAGUACCAUUAGUAGCACCCUUAGCAGUACCCUUAGCAGUAGCAAGGACAAGAAGAAGCGGCGCAAGUGCCGGCCCCACGAGCAGGAGGAGCUGCACCAGUGCCAGAAGCGGCCGGGAGCUGGAGCGGGUAACCUGCGAAAGCUGGGUCCCAAGGCCCAGCGAUGCAAGGAGCUGCGCGAGAAGGCGGCCGCCGAGGGAGGCCCGCCGCCCAACUGCGGCAAGAAGAAUGGUGGCAAGAAGCAACCAGGUGCAGGGGCAGGUGCAGGUACUGGCCCAACAGAGGGCAAGGGCCUGCAGCAGCAGAGGGGCAAGGGCAACAUCCAGCCGGGUGGCAAGCGAAAAGGCAAUAAAGCCGGAAAGCAGCGGCAGAAUGGCGGCGGCAAGAAGCAGCCACAGCAGCAACAACAGCAGCGGCAACACCAGGCCAAAGCUGGGCCCGGUGGCAAGCGAAAGCAGCGGAAGCAAGACCUGAUCUCCACCAGCACCACCACCACCAUGGCGACCAGUCUGGCCACGCCGCCCGAGAGCCACUGGGAGAGCAGCUCGCCCCUGCCGUCCUUGGCCCUCAGCGAGACCAGCGAUCGUGUGGAGCGCAACGUGCGCUUGGCCAGCGGCGAGGAUCUGGAGCAGGAUGCCGAGCAGGAGCCAGAGGAGCCGGAGGACGCCGACACCGACGGCGGCUCCAUGGAGGAUGCUAGCUACGAGGACGCAACCUCCGAGGCGCAGGGACGCAGCAGCGCAGUCGGCGACGAUUCGCUCUACUACGAUUUCCUGUGCCUGCAGAUGGUCGCCUGGGCUUUCCUCCAGACCCGAGUCAGACUGUAAAGGGAUCCCUCGAUCGAUCGACGGAGAUAAUUCGCACAUUGGACCACCGAUCCACACAACAAAGCUAAAGUUCCUGAUCUUUAAGCAUAAGAGUUCUACCUUUAAAUCUACCCAUAGAAUAUUCUAUUUUUCGUAUUUAUCAUUAAGACUGAAGGCAGAAAUCGAGCAGACAACUAAGCGCGAACUACUGUAAAUA